AUGGAAGACAAAAGUGGCUAUCAUCAGACGACUCAAGAGAGUAACUUACAAUUGUCCGCUACCCCACCUGCCGUCAUGUUGGAAGCCGAGAAUUCUCUGUUGAAGGCGGAGAACGUGAUAAAGGAGGACAGUGCGGCUGUGACAGCCCAGAGAAUCGUUACGCAGUUGUUGGAUGAGGCUGAUGCUGCCCUUAAGGGAAAAGGGAGGUCAACAACACCAUCAGAUAACAACAACGACCAUCAUGAUGGCAGUGAGGUCCAAGAAGAAGUCAAAGAUAGCGAGGAUAAGGAGGCCACUCCUGUAAUAGUACAAGAAUCAAGCUAUCUACGGGCAGCAGAGGAAGACCACGAAGAUGCGGCCUUGACAAGGAAUGUUCUGUUUGAGGUUGGACUUCUUAUUUCAGAUGAAGCCCUCCCCAAAUACACGGAACAGGAUGACUCGGAUCUGCGGAAACAAACUGCGUCUCUCCAGAAGCAGCAAGUGCCGAUAUCUUGUGCUGACGACGACGACGAGCAGUUGACAGGAGAACUCUGCUGCCAAAGCCAAGCUAGACUGGGAGAAAUUCAAGACCCAACAAAUAAGGAAGGACGCCCACAAGAGGAGUCAGUGCCUCCUCCUAUUCGGCUCAUUCAGGGCGUCCCUCUAGCAACCUCCAUCCCUGGUGCUCAUCGUGCCAGGCCCAGUCACGGCGACAUUCCCUUAACGGACGAUUCAGAUCAGAGCACUGCCACGAUUGUGCUUGGAGAUGAUGGCACACAGGAUCAUCAGGAGGAGGAGGAUCAAAUAAUACACAUUCGUCGGGCAGAAGAAGGCUUGGCUGUUGCCAGUCCGGUAACACAGUAUCCUUCCCAGGAGGCCCAGUCUAUGGAUUUGGUCAAACAACAAGAAACCAAACAGCAAAGACAGAGGAAGCAUGUCUCUGCGACUGUCAAGAUGGUGCUGGUUGGAUUCCUUUUCCUUGCUAUGGUGGUGAUUGUUGUUACUUUGGUAGCGCGCCAUAGUACACAAACAACGUCAUCGUCGCAGAGAGACUCGGCGGACCAGCAGUCAGUGACAAACAGCACACAAACCUCCGCACCAUGGCAAUGGGACUUGCCUUUUUCCGUCCCAAAUACAACACUAUGGAUCCUACUACAGCAGCAGGACACAUAUCAAUCUUCUUCUCCUCAGACAAAGGCAUACAACUGGAUCUCCCUUGAUCCAUUUUUGAAGAAUUAUUCCAGUGGAAGGCUUAUUCAGCGAUUUGCACUGGCCACGUUCUACUAUGCCACACAUGGAGAGAAUUGGGAGGGUUCCGGAAUUGCACCAUUCAUUCCGACACCCAUCAUUCCAGGCACCAACAUGACUAGACCAUGGCCACAACGUCCAGCUCGCCCAAACUCGCGACCACGGCCAUGCCCACAACCAUGGAAUACACAGUCAAGACAACAACAACAACCGCCACAACUUAGAGAACCAGAGGACUGUCCACCUCCAGAGGCUGCAACGCAGGAACUAGAAAUGGCAAAAUGGUUGUCAUAUGACAGUUCGGAAUGCGACUGGUUUACGACCACAACACAUUCCAGGUAUGGAGGCACAGCAUGUGAUGGUGACCAAUUCUAUCGACUAUUGGAUCUGACAAACUUCAAUCUACAAGGUCGUCUCCCACCGGAGCUUGCACUUUUGACAACAUUGAACAUUCUGGCAUUACCCCGAAACAGUCUGGGAGGGCAACUGUUUUCGGAAAUCGGCAACCUGCAAGGACUGGAACGUCUUGUCAUAAACAAUAAUCAAUUCAGCGGUGGGAUCCCAAGUGAACUUGGCCUGCUUGCUGAUACACUCGUGACGAUAGCAGCUGAAGGUUGUGGGUUAACUGGAACCAUUCCAAUGGAAUUCUGGAGCUUGACGAACUUGCACUGGGUCCAGAUGCUGGGCAACCGCUUUUCUGGCACACUGCCUCCAAACAUUGGGAGUCUUGUGUCUCAAAUGACUUGGCUGGAUCUGGCAUCUUCCCAGCUAUCAGGUGAACUGCCGACAUCGCUGGGGCUGAUGAGUUCCCUGCACAUUCUUGACCUUGGAAAGAACAACUUUGUGGGUUCCAUCCCAACAGAGCUCUUAAGGAUUGAUCUGGAUAUUCUGGAUAUUGGGCACAAUUUUUUGAUAGGCAAGCUGCCAUCAGAGCUGGGGUUGCUCCCGUCCAUCAAGAAACUGUGGUUGGAAGGAAAUACAGGAAUCACCGGACAGCUUCCGGCAAGUCUUGAGCAGAUCAACAACACAUUGCUUUCCCUACGAAUCAAGGGAACUGGCAUCACAGGCACAAUUCCACAAGGUUUGUGCAGGAUUCAGGAGCUUAGCUUUGACUGCUCUGAAACCUUAUGUGGCUGCCGUCACUGUCCUUGUGCUGAUCUGGCAGUCUAA